CUGGAGAGAGAGAGAGAGAGGGAGGGAGGGAGAGAGAGUGGAGUUGUGUCCCAUAUGUGGAAAAAAAGCAUAGCAGUGCACACACGAGUCUGGUCUGCUCCAGGGAUUAUCGUAGCGCUUUCAGAUCUGAUGGAGGACAUGCAGGCAUGAAUAGGGCUGUUCUGUUGUCACUGCGAGCUCAUGCUAGUGAUGGACUACAGCCGGACGGACGCUAACCUUAGCUGGCGUUCACAAAACAGCAUUCCUCCUUACUGAGACCAGCUCCACAGAAUGCUGAGUCCUAUUGUCCCCUAUAGCCUGUUAAAGAUGCACUGGAACCCAGAGCAUGCCCAGCCUCUCAGCCAGUGGCCUGAGCAGCACCUGGACGUCUCCUCCACCACCUCCUCUCCGGCCCACAAGUCGGAAUUCUACUCUGGCCGCGGUCGCAGUGGCUACAACUACGCCUGGGCCAAUGACGACAUCUCUGCUCUCACAGCCUCCAACCUAUUGAAGCGUUAUGCUGAGAAAUACUCUGGUGUGCUGGACUCACCAUAUGAUCGGCCGCCUACUGUGGGCACCUACCCAGAGCCAGGGGCUUUUGGGGGCCUCACCGUCCCCAAGACUGAGCUGGAGCCCUGGCCACUGACACACAGCACUGAUGCCUCCUAUUCCCUGGUGCCCCCUGGAGGCCAUGACGGUUCCAAGGCUGUAGCCACAUCUGCAGGCCCUCCAGGGGUUAGUAGUGUUUCAGUGGUGAACAGUAACCUCUCAGACUCGGGCUACAGCGGCAGCAGCUCCUGCAGCGGCUCCAGCGAGUACCCCUCUAGUUACAAUGGCACCUAUCUUUCCUCAGGGUACUGUCCCCAACCCAGUGCAGCACUUCCCCCUGCCUCCCUCCACACCCUCCAAUCCACCCCCACCCUAGUGCCCAGCUACAGCCCUACCACACCUGUCUAUAACUACCCUCCUAGCACGUAUCCUCCCCAGACCAGCCUUGCCCCCACCUACAGCCACCCCUCUGCAACUUACCUGCCCUCAGGUCUACCAGCCCCUACUCCCGUUCCCUCAAGGCCCACAGUGGUAGGAGGCAGCUAUAGUUACCAGAGCACCAACCUUGGGACAUCUGAGUCUGGAGGGACAUUAAAAAGAAAAGCAUUUGAGAUGAGUGUAGAAGAGGAUGAGAGUGGGGACGGGUCUCGGUACAGGAAAUACAGCUAUGACCCGUUGAAGACCGGGGGACACUCACCUUACAGUGUGAGUGACAAAACAGAGUGCAGAGGAAAUGGCUUCAGUAGUUCAGGCAGCACAGACCCUCAAACCUUCAAGCCCAGUAAGCCCUCCUCUCAGCCCCUGGUGUCUCCCCAGUAUGGGGCAGCAGGGGAGUACAGCCCUCCAGCGGGCAUGACGGGGGAGAAUGGAGUCACAGAGCAGGGCUUCAUCCAACAGCAGCCGCACCGCUCCCAGGCCCACAAACGCCCUCCAUUGUGUGCUCCAACUGUUGAGACUAUGAAGAGCCCAGACCACCGACUGUUGGACCUUGUGAAUGGGGAGUUACUGGACUGCAGCCCGGCACUGGGCUGGGGUGAGCUGUCCGGGCUCACCCAUGUCAAGGCUGCCCUGGAGGAGGACCUGUUGUGGCCCGUGUUGAGGCCCAGCGCAGUGAUGCGGCCACCACGAACCGUCCUGUUGUUCGGCCCCCGGGGAGGGGGAAAGACGACGUUGACUCGGUCUUUGGCUUCACAGUUGGGGGCUUCGUUCUACCGGUUAAGUGGAGCCAUGCUGGCCUCUAAAGGGAAGGCUGAGGCAGAGCACAUUCUGGGGUCUCUUUUGCAGGUGGCAGAAGCACGGCAGCCCUCAAUGGUGCUGCUCAGCCAGGUGGAGGCCAUGGAAGAGGAGGGGCUGAGGCAGACACUGCUGACCACCCUGGAGAAAGCCCAGGUGGGGACCACAGGUCUGGUGAUUCUUGUAUGUGCCACUGGAAGGCCAGAUCUGCUGCAAGAUGCAGUUCAUCGAAGCUUUGCCAAGAGAUAUCACGUUGGCCUGCCAGAUGUGGGGAUGCGCAGGCAGGUGCUGCUGCAGGCGCUGUCGCCCCAGGGCUGCAGCCUGAGCGAGAGGGAGCUGAGCGCCGUGCUGCAGCGCACAGAGGGCUUCACAGUGUGGGAGCUGCUGCAGCUCAGCCAGCAGGCACUCUCCUCAGCAUCCUCCCCCACUGGGGCCAUGCAUGGCCACCCCACAUCCUCCAAACCCCCAGCCUUUACAGACUUUGAGAAUGCCUUCUGCAAGGUGCGCCCACACACCACCACAAAAGAACUGGACACUUGUAUAGAGUGGAGCAAGAUGUAUAACCACUGAGAAAGCAGCCAGUCGGCGAACUCGGACUGCGUCACGACCCUGUCUUUGCUUUGACAUGGAACGCCUUGGGAAUGUUUUGUUGUUUUGUAAUUACAGAUUAUGCAGCCAAAAGAGCCAGAGAAGCUCAACGAUGCGGGAGAGCUGACAAAGUAGUUUUCCUGGCAGAAGCAUGCCAUGGUGUGCUGUUUUUGUUUUCGUAUGAAUAUCCGCAAUAUUUUAUUUUUCCCAAAGAAAAGAAAGAUGAAUAGGCCUUGUUGAGUGGGGUAGUGUAUUAGUCUUUUGGCCAAUGGGAAAAUCAGAUUAUAUACUAUUUGGAUACUCUCAGAGAUCCUGAUUAGCCUUGGUCCGGGACAAAAUCAAUUAUUUGUUGCUAGGUGACGUGGUCCAAGAUUAUGGAUAAUCAGGGUUUGGAAAAUCCCCCCUUUGACUGCUACUCUCAGGAUCCUAUUUAUUGCCAGUCCACGACCAUGUUGUCCUAAUGUUGAUUUAGUCAUUGGAUUGUCGCUAAUUAUUCAGUACGAAGGGCUCGGGAUCAUUUCAGCAAAAAACAGUUUUUGACCAAAAAGACGUCAAACCAAAUCAGCAGUGUUGCUAUAUUUCUCAAAGCAGACUGGUCCUGAAAAUCACCAUAAAUUAACCCCUCUUGACAGCUUCUCACCAAAUCAAAACAGUUAGUCCUUAAUAUUCUGACAAAUAAAAUAAAAUCAGAUGACUUGUAUUAAAUCCGAACAUGCUGCUGUCUUUCCCAGGAGUUAAGUUGUUUCAGUAAAACCUUGCACUUACACUCAAAAUGUCUGGUUGUAGAUAUAUUUCACAAGUAUCUACAUUUAACUCACCAACAGUUCUACACUUAAAAUGGUACAAUUCACAGACAACUUACUUUUCACUGUUAGGUUGUUGUCCUUGACUUCCGCAUACAUUUGUUCUCGAUCUCACAUUCCUCAUUGUCUGCAGUUUUCCUGAGAAUCUCACUCACAGAACAAAACGUACCCACUCGCGCGCACACACACACACACACACACACACACACACACACACACACACACACACACACACACACACCCAGCUUCUCCUACAGCGUGUCUGUUUGCGCUUUCACUUUCUCCUUUUGUUUUCUUAGUAUGUAGUCUUGUUUGAAAUGCUCAGGAAGAAUUUCUUUACCUCAGAAAUAUGAAAUACGAAAAAGAAUGUAUGUAAUCUUAGGGUCUUAGUAGAGGAGCGGCGCGGAGCGAGAGAACGGAGCGAGGAGAAACCUGACAGUCUUGUAACACCCGCUACAGCUGGGCUUUUACCUCGGGAGAGAAACUUGAAUAUGCUACAAAGAGUAACAUUGAAUGUAAUUCAGGUAUUUCAAAGGAUAUUUGAUGCCAUAAAUCCAUGUAUUAUUAUAUAUGAAUAUAUAAAUACGUUUUCUUUUCUGUUCUUUACCCUUUAUUUUUAUUGUAGUUUAUGGUGGAGUGAUGAUUGUCUUCAAGAAAUGCUAUGUAGAAUACAGAAAAUAUUCCUUUUUUUGUUGGACAAACUGCAAAUCCCCAUCUUAUUUCAUGUUUACUUGUAUAUGCAUGUCUUCUGUUUAUAGUUUCACAGCAAAAUAUUAUUUGAAAAUGUAAAUACAACGCACACAAUCAUACAGUGAACAUCUGAGCACAAAAUACCUUCCAAAAAACACAACAAAUACAAACACAGAUGCAAAAAAAUAAAAAAAUAAAGCUUAAAGAUGAAGUCGUGUUAUGUAGCUUUCAGCAAAUCCCAAAGUUAAUGUGUACAUAUUGUGGAUAAACCCAACAUGUGGACAAUCCAGACAGAUCUCUCUUUUUCCACCAGUCCGUCAGUUGUUUUUUAACAAGCUGGAAAAACCCGGUCAGUGGACUGCAGGUACAGAGGUCGUACGUAUUAGACUGUUGCCAUGGUCCUGAGGAGGUAUACACAGAAUGAUGUAAUAUUUCCCACUGCCCUUUCCUUCUUCUGUCUCCCCCCUCCCUCCCUCAUCAUUAUUUUUCUCUUUUUCUCUCUCCCCAGUGCAAUCUCAUUAGAUUGGAUUGCCCCCUAGCCACGAGCCCCAGUGGCCAUGUGGCGUUGUAUCCUCUCCCCACCCCACCCAGCCCUUCCCCCUCCUCUCCCCUUAUACCGAUUCCUCAUGGAGUGGAAGUGGUCUGAUUGAUGUCCAGCAACCCUAUAUCACAGUGCAGCCGUCCCUCUCCAGCUGGUGGCUUCAGUCAUGCCAUACAGCCAGAUCAAUCAGAGUGACCCCUGCUGUGCACACUGAUCACUGUCUCCGAAACUGAAAACACAUACAACACAGCCCCUGCCUCAAGGUCCAAAUACUGCUCGCAAUUAUUCACGUGUAAUCACAGAAAUUAAAUAAUAACGAUGACUCAAAGGUACAAGUAGCCGCAGCAUUUUGAUUUGUUGUUGCUCCCACUUUCUCCCCGACAGUUUGUCCAACAAAACAAGCUUUUAUUUUUUACGUUUUGAUCUGUUAUGGCGGUAACUUUGUUCUUGGUUAUUGUACAUUUUCUGUAACCAUUUCUACCUCAUUUUUGCGGCAUAUUGUACAUGAAAGUAUUUAUUUCAUGUCUUUUUUGAUGUCUGUUUUAAAAAUGAUAAUAAUGUUCUUGAACUGUAAUGGUCUACCUCAGAAAAGACUGUAUUUUAAGAGAAGAGUAUCACACAAUAUUAAACAGAAUUUGUCAAUAUUGCACUGCGG